AUGGGGAAGGCUGCGUCCACGAUUGCCACUGUGCAACUGGAGAAAUGUGUGACGGUGUUACAGGUGAAUGUGCCUCACAGAAUUGUAAACGAGGGCGGACAGGAUCCUCUUGUAAUUUUCGUAAUUACACAUACGACGGACGCCGAUAAUCAUUACUAUGAGUUCGAAAAUUCCAUGCCUGGCAUUCCGAUAUACAAUAUUUGGGAUUAUAUCAGAGACAACAAGAAAAAAAGAUGCCAACACUUUUAUGACGAGUUUGCGAAGCUACCCACUGGACUGGUUCAUCAACACGAAGUAGCUGCAAGAGAAGAAUACAAAGGGAAGAACCGAUACAGGGAAAUGUACGCAUAUGACCACUCCCGCGUGCCGUUACAAAAGCAGAGGGAUGACGACUGUGAUUACAUUAAUGCGAGCUACAUAGACGGUAACGGUAAAGUCCGAAAGUUUAUCGCUUCUCAAGGUCCAACCAUAAACAUGAUCGACGAUUUCUGGCGAAUGGUCUGGCAAGAAAAUGCUGAAAAGAUUGUAAUGCUUACUAACCUGAUUGAAAUGGCGACGGUCAAGUGCCUUCAAUACUGGCCAGAAAUGGACCAAACCUGCUCAUUUGGAGGAAUCGACAUAUCUGUCACUGGUGUUGAAGAGUUAAGAGAUUUUGAAAUAAGAACACUAAUUGCUAAAAAGGCCCAGAGUAAAUCUAGGAGAAUUCAACAGUAUCAUUUUAAAGCUUGGCCAGACAAGUAUGUCCCUGACAAUGGAUGGUGCCUUGUAGAGUUUUUGAAUGCUGUCGAAACACAGUCGACAAAUGCACCAAUCAUAGUACACUGCAGUGCCGGUGUUGGUCGGACCGGCACGUUUAUUGCACUUGACAACCUCGUAGAUCAGGCAAGGACUGAAAAAUGUGUUAGACCGUUGCAAAUGGUUGAAGCUCUGAGGCGCCAACGAGUCAACAUGGUUCAGACAAAGGAUCAGUAUGUAUACCUGCACGAAGCGCUUGCCGAAGCUCUGCUGAUGGGCACUGAUCACGUCUGGCAUAGACAGUUUGAAGAGGUCCAUUCCUUCAUGAUGUCAACAGAACCGGAAGAGAAACAACCUAGGAUGGUUAAACAGUUUCAGUUGAUUGAACAAAGUCUUACAAAUGAAGCCCAGCAUGUGCAGGAUGGGCCAGAAUAUGGAAACAUGGAAACAAUUCUUUCAGAACUCGACGCAUAUCUCCCGAAAUUAAAGAAAAGAAAUUCAAAUUUUACACAACAGCUCGGCGCAAUCCUGUUACCAAGCUUUUCGGGAAAUAACACGUUCUUGUUGUGUAAAUCUCCAUCUGAAGAGCAGCUGGAAGAGUUUUGGUCUCUUGUUGAGGAGCAGCACGUGAUCACCGUCAUUAUGCUAACCUCUACUUUCAGUCGAGCACGUCAGACAUGUGUGUACAUGGGCGGAAAUGGAGAUGGGAAAGUUGGAAGAUAUUCCGUUAACUUCAUACACGAACGGAAAAACAAAACGUUCAAUGAAAGGAGCUUUUCGUUUCGGGACGACAACAAUGAGGACGAAGAUUAUCUAACAACAGUAAAACAGUUUCAAUUCACCGCUUGGACUGAAAACGAAACACUACCACCAAUGCAUAACAUGUUAGAAUGCCUCGAUGCUGUCAGAAAGUGGCAGCCACACCUAGCCGAAAACAGACCCGUUUUGAUUCACUGCGAGACGGGGCAUGAACGAAGUGGAUUGAUCGCAGUACUUCUAAAUGAGCUCCAUCGCAUGGAAAAGACACGAGGUCAGAUAAACAUCGUGGAGUCUGUAAAGACAAUGAAACAGAGAAACAGGGAGAUACUACCCAAUACUGUCCAGUAUAAAUUCAUUUACGAUUCACUUUUGGAGCAUGUCCAGAACUCAACUGAAUAUGAGAACAUCAAAAGUGCUUAAAUAUGACAAUGAUCCUGGUACUGUGGCGUGCUGUGCUAAAUUUUAAUUAUAUAAGCAGUUGACGUGUACAACAAGACACACACUUUUUACGCCAAAACCUGCAUUGUUUACUUGAACAUUUUUACAAUUUUACAAGUGUGUGUUGUUGUUGUUUCAAUAAUAAGAUUUUAUUGCAAAAAAAAAUCGUUAUUUUGAAAAGAUGGUAAAGCAAAUCAAAAUGCUAGUAAUAAGACAUACAACAUAAAUGUUUAUAGUGUGUAAUUAUGACGCAUAGUAUUUUUGUUUAUUUGUGUGUUGAAUUGAUUGCCUUAACAUAUGUUUGGUUAUCAUUUAGUGUAAUCAACGAAACCAUUAACGUUACUUGUUCAACGAAAGAAACAUAUGUUUGAUACAUUUAUAUUUGCUAUACUUAUAAUCCGAGGUAUUGUGUGUAUAUUGUUGUAUAAAAACGGGUUUUCUUUACGUUAACUACACAUGAAAGAUUGCAUCCUAAUUAUAUGUGUGAAAUACGUUAUUGG